CAAAGUGGCAGCUGGCUGUCACUUGUUUGUUGUUUUCGUGAGGAGAGGAAUUUCGAGAAACCGUGUUUGCGUGAAAUUUUCGGGAGCUGCACGGUGCAAAAAUGCUGGCUUCCCGGGCACUGCUGGUCGGAAGAUUGCUGCAACGCAGCGCCGCUGCCGCGAAGGUCAACCCCACCGGCCUGCGCAACCAGAUCGUGCGCCAUGGCCACGACUGGUCGUAUCGAGUGAACGGCCCGAAGCCGGAGAUGCUGGCACGCGUCGGUGCACAGGUCGCCGGCGGUUUCAUGUGGUGGUGGGUGCUGUGGCAUCUCUUCCACGAGUACGAACACAUUACGGGUGAAUUCGACUAUCCGGAUCCGUCCUCGUGGACCAACGCCGAGCUGGGCAUCCCGGCGGACGAUGUCGAGUAGGGGAGUUCCCUCACUGCCUGCAAACUCCGUGCUUCAAUUCUGUGCUUUUUAGAACAACAUCCAGCAAGAUUCGGUUGUAAAUAAACAGUGGCGACUGUAGCGUUAACUGGAA